AUGUCUGACAAUGUCGCCUGGACCAACGAUUUCGACAACUUUCUUGCCGAACUCGACACCGAACACAACGCCAAUGACACCAGCUUCAUGGAUCUCCUUGAUCCUACUGGUUACUACGACUUCGGCCACGUCGACGAUGGCGCUCUUGGCGCUGCGAACCCCCUGGAUCCUCCGGAUGACGGCAACGAUUUGACAUUGUCAUUGGCCAGCGCUUCAGUCCAAAAUGAUUCGAAGCCCCUGGAGACAGCUUCUACUGCUUCAGUCGAGAGGACUGCGGCAAAAGCGCACCUGACUUGCGCAGAGUGCGGCGUGCAUUUCGAGUACCCCUUGGCCCUGAAAUACCAUGCUAUGUUGAACGGCCAUGAGGCAUUGUUGUACCCAGUCCAAGGGUGUUGUAAGGGAUUCAGGACGCAGGCAGAGCGUGACGUUCAUCAACGCCGGCGUCAUCUUGAAGGCCACGAGCGCAUUGAAAUGGGCCAUCCGUUCGCUUGUGUUGAGUGUUCGGUCGAGUUCAGGAGCAAGGCCAAGCUGCAGGAGCACGCCAACGAAGCACAACACAAUCCCUUUGCUUGUUCCUGUGGCAAGAACUUCGCUCGACUUGAUGUCCUCUACAGACAUCUUGACUCUAUGGGGACCGACCUGCCAAAAUUCCCCUGCCAGUUCUGCAAGAGUCAUCGCGGAGAGAACGGGUUUCGAAGAAGAGAUCAUCUCCUACAGCAUGUGCGCGGCUACCACAAGUUCGAGGCUGAGGGAAAGAUUGAAGACAUCAUGCCCAGCCGUCGUGGGAAGUAUCAGAUACCCCCAGUCUGCCACUUUGCGGAUUGCCUGCACUACCGGGACGAAAACUUCAAAACCCUUAGUCGCGAAGAACAGAGUGUCCUGAAGCCGUUCGAAUCCCAAUCGGAAUAUACCAAACACAUGAAGAAUGCCCACGACUUCACAGCCUUCCCCUGUACAGUGAGAGGCUGUAGCAAGACUGGCGCAAAGGGUUAUGCGAGGGAGAAAGAUCUCAUCAAACACAGACAGAAGGAUCACCCUGAGGCACGGACAUACGUUCCAGCGAGGCGAAAUAUCAGUAUUCCUUGCCCAAAGUGUUUUAGAAGAUACGGGCCAAAUAGUGCACCAUUCCACAUUAACACUUGUCGUGGUUGA